CGUCACUCAGGUUUUUUUUGUAUUUCCGGGUUUGGUGGUGCACUCUUUUCUUGAAUUGACUUCCUCUUGGGGUUCCAGAUCCUUCGAACAGACGAUGGCUUAUAUGACUGUUCUGAGUCGUUCAAAGUCAAAAUUACAUCUGGCCAGAGCUCCUGGUAUGAGAUCAUGGGCAACUUUUAUUGGUAUUGUAUCAAUGGGAGUGGGUCUGUUGAUCUACUCCGAUGAAGGAAUUCUCUGGAAGCUCUUCUGGUUCUUCUGCACUGUCUUUGUUGCCAUUUCAUCUCUUGAUGACUGGGAGAGUUGUAUCAUUGACCGUGGUUCAUCCCUGAUCAAGCUGGAGAGGGAUCGCUUACUGGAGAGACUCAUCAUGCCGUUCCAGAAAGCCAGGAGUGUUGUUGCUGAUAUUUCGGAGGUUUGUAGUGUUGAAGUCGAGCAGGAGGAUAUUAAAUUCUUUGGGCGUGGCUACUACGUUGCUCUCCAGAUGACCUCUGGAAUGGUGCUACCAGUCACAGAGAAAUGCACGCUGGGAAAUUCAAAAGAUCAUCAACAGAUAGCAGACAUGAUCAAAGAUUUCCUGCAGGAAGAAUUAACGAAAAAUCAGGAAUAUUUUGUCGGACAGACAACCGAAGAAAACUAUUCCUCCUCGUCAUCCUCAGAUGCCGAGGUCAAUGACGAGGCAAAAACCAAGGAGUGAUCACUCACUGAGUGCUCAGUUACUCAAAAAAACUCGGCCACAUUGAGAACUGACGUCAUUGUGGUUUUCUCCUAUGUUUGUGGACUAUUUAGAUAUGACAGAAAUACAAAGGCAUUCGGCACUGUGCAUCUAGCGCCCACUUGUAGAUCUGUUUUGGUUAUCACAGCAGUCUUGCCCAAAAUCAGUCGUGUAUAUGUACGUGUUCUACAUGACCCCCGAGGACCGACACACAGAACAACAUAUCCUUUCAGUCCUCGGGA